CGUAUCAAUUAAAUCACUGAAGUGCAAGCCUGCGAAGUCUGGACCGUUACAUAGGAUCAGACGGUCAACCUCUAUCGACAAUAAAGGACAUACUACUACAAAAUGACACAGAGCGAAACAAGCAUGUCCGGCGGGACGUGGUCGUCCUACCUGUUCGGAACACUGUCGGUUGUGGCGUGGAGGUCUCUACAACUCGUCACGGGUGUBGGAAUAGUGGCUCUUUUGGGCCUGUAUUUCAAGCAAAAUUCGUUGCUGUACUUUCCUGCCAUCGGAAAUAUGCCCAAAAAUCCCGCUCACAAUCCCCGGGGCUACCGAUCUCCUGCGGACUACAACCUCCCCUUUGAAGACGUUCGCAUAGUCUGYGAGGACGGAGUUUCACUCCAUGCGUGGCUGAUUUUCGGGGGGGGGAAAACAUCCAACAAUGAAAUCUCUUCAAUCCCCACGAUUCUGUUUUUCCAUGCCAAUGCGGGAAAUGUUGGAUUUCGACUGCCUAACGCAGUGGUCAUGUUGCAGCGACURAACGUGAACAUUCUGAUGGUCGAAUACCGGGGCUAUGGUCGUUCGGACAAUGUUGCUCCGGACGAAUCGGGCCUCCGAUUGGACGGGCAGGCCGCCCUGGAAUUCGCCCAGACUCACCCGAAAAUAGACCCGACGAGCAUUUUUCUUUUUGGACGAUCGCUUGGAGGYGCAGUGACCUUCGCAACAGCCAAAUACGCGCAAGAAAAUUCCAGAGGCAGGGGUGCCAACAGCAUUCAUCCCAUCAAGGGAGUGAUAGUGGAGAACACCUUCACGAGCAUCCCCGACAUGGUGGACGAACUAAUGCCGCUGGUUGCAAAAUUCAAAGGCCUCAUUCUCGCUAUCGGAUGGCAUUCCCUGAAAAUCGUCCCAACACUUACGUGUCCCGUUUUGUACCUCGCGGGUUCUAGCGACGAAAUAGUCCCUCAUUCCCAGAUGCUCCGGCUGCACCAAUCGACGUCGAGGAGUGUCCUGAACCGACUCCACGUGAUACAGCGCGGCACCCACAACGAAUCCUGGAGUCAGGGAGGAGAUGCAUACUGGGACGCAAUCAGAACAUUUCUGGCCGGAGCGAUUUCUGUCGCAAAAAAUAGCAGCAACGAAGGAUAUGUCCACCACGCUUCGGCGGRAUCGUCGUACGCCAACAGAGGCGAAAKCGGGAACAAUUUAGACAAAAAGGAAUUGUAAGAAAAGAAGAGACAGGAAAAUCUUUCUUUGUGGUCUACAUUUGUACCCUUCUUGGCAACCUUUUCUAUGUUAAUCUUCUUAAGAAGUUAUAGAAAAUAUUUUGCUCAUGUSUGCCAAUCCAAUAAUCGUUUCGAGUUCCAGGAGUUUSUUGUGUACUGUUUUCGUUGAGAGAAUGUACGAGAGAAUGGUUUCAYGACACUGUGCGAAGGCAGUGGGCGAAGGAUAUCUUUUGAAUUUCGUAAUCACUCUUGGAGAGGCAGUGGCAUCCUGACAUGUCCUUCGCUCUGACGAAKAUCAGUAACGAAUUUUCAAGUAGUUGCAACGAAUCGUCACCARUACCAACAUGGGAAAAACUGUCUUCGGACACACCACGGCAGCACUCUAAUUCAUUUUCCAUUCUAUUGAUCAUGAGCGAUUGAUUAGAUAAAAAUAAUCUUUUCGUCAUUUUUGGAAGUAUCAUCCUCGUCUAUUUUCUGAAAUAAUCAUAAAAAGAAUGRCGKUUAGAACGAGAUACRGAGAGGCGAGGGAAMAUUCAUUUAUUCCGUGCAUACAAAAGUACAUAGUGGUCUUGCCCUAUAGUUUAUUGAUAAUUUAUAUCUUUAUGCUGGUAUUUGUCGUUUCAUUGUGUGCUGUACUGGUUUUUUGUUUGUUUAGAGAAUGGUGGAUCCAGGGAAUUUGAUGGGAUCGGGUUUUCCGAUGGCAUGAACCUCGAAACCAAUGUCUCUCAAUUCUUUGURGUUUAGGUGGAGUCGCCCGUCGAAUAGGAAGGCAGGUUUUUGCAUGCUGUCGUAAAUUUUUUGGUAGUCGUAGGUCUUGAAUUCAUCCCAUUCAGUCAUAAUACAGACAGCAUGGGCUCCCUURCAAGCUUCGUAUGGGUCCGUAGACGUUGUGACAAGCUCGUCAAGAUUCUUAGUAUUUUCGUGGUUGAUGCCACAUGUGUAUGACAUUUCGGUCCACAUGUCCUCGCGGGAMACCUGUGGGUCGUAAACRUGGAUCUUGGCGUUUUCUUCGAGAAGAUCUCUGACAACAAACAUGGAUGGGGUUUCUCGCACGUCACCUGUGUCCUUCUUGAAGGCGUAUCCCAAAACUGCAAUCUUCUUUCCUGUCACUGUGUUGAACAUAGAAGAAACGAUUUCCUCCGAGAAUCUCUUCUUUUGGAAGUCAUUCAUCUGAAUAACCUGACGCCAGUAAUCCGCACAGGGUUGCAAUCCGUAGGUUUCGCACAAGUAGACAAGGUUCAGAAUAUCUUUUUGGAAGCACGAUCCUCCAAAUCCUACGGAUGGCUGCAAAAAACGCUUUCCAAUACGGUCGUCCAUACCAACCGCCCGGCUAAUUUCRGUCACAUCAGCUCCUGUAACCUCGCACAAGGCCGAGAUGGAGUUGAUGGAUGAAACACGCUGUGCCAAGAAGGCAUUCGCGACCAACUUGGAUAAUUCGGACGACCAAAGAUUAGUGGUCAAAAUUUGUUCGCGCGGAAUCCAGUUGGCAUAGACGCUAACCACGGUUUCGAUUGCCGCUAGACCUUCGGGAGUUUGUGGUCCACCGAUCAAAACACGAUCGGGGUUGUGAAGAUCGGACAUGGCGGUACCCUCRGCCAAAAAUUCGGGAUUACUCAAGACCUGGAAGGUGACGUCAGGCUUCUGUUCAUUGGCCGAUAGGAUACGGUUGAUGGCCUCUGCGGUGCGAACGGGGACAGUGGAUUUUUCAACAACAAUCUUAGACGAAGUUGCGACCUUAGCAAUGUGUCUGGCACAAAGCUCGCAGUUCUUGAUGUUGGCCGCCGAACCGGCUCCGAUUCCCUUCGUUUUGGUUGGUGUGUUGACCGAAAUAAAAAUCACAUCGGCUUCAUCAAUUUCCUUGUCUAACUCAGUGGAAAAAAACAAAUUUUUUCCUCGAGUUUUCUUGACGCACUCAAGAAGACCAGGUUCGUAAAUAGGCAACUCRUCGGUCUUCCAUGCAUCGAUCUGCUUUUGAGAGAUGUCUCCGACGACAACGCGGAUCUAUAGUGGUGA